ACUGACAGCUGUUGAGUGUGUUUGCGUUUUCUCUGUUGUGUACACGUUUCGUAACAAUUCCGAAAUGGGAACUCGCAAAAAGGGACUGGAAUUUGCCAAGCACAUUAGCGAAAUUAUAGCCAAGGCAACAGGAUUCGAAAAGCACUUGGAAAAGGUGAAAAUUAUUGGCGGUGGCGAUGGAGUUUGCACCGCAGAAUUCACUGUGGACAAGGAGCAUCUCAACAAGGGCGGCGGUUUGCAUGGCGGCUACACGGCAACACUGGUGGACAUGGUGACCACCUAUGCACUGAUGUCAAAGCCCUGCCAUCCAGGCGUAUCGGUGGACAUCAAUGUCAGUUACUUGAAGGGAGCACGGAUUGGCGACGAAGUAGUUAUCGAGGCUAAUACGCUACGUGCUGGCAAGAAUCUCGCGUAUAUCGAUUGCGUGCUGAAACAUAAGAAAAACAACGCCGUGAUUGCCAAGGGCACACACACCAAAUACGUGAACUUUGAGUAGUAUGUGUGUGUGAGUUCUGUGACAACCCAACAAGCAAGGAGGCGGGAGUAUCGCAUAAUAAUCGCAUUCGAGUUCGCAAACGAUAUGAGCAGGGAAAAUAUCGCAAAACUAUCGCACUAACUGAAACAGGUUGCUAUUUAAUGUGCUUUAUUUAUUACAUGUGUAGCAGUAAAUGUUAAGUUUAAUUUGUUAAUUAAUUAA